AUGGAAGAAAAAAUAACAUCCAUAGUGACGGAUGAUAGAAUAGAUGAGAUCUUUCAUCUGAAUGCCACUAAAGAGGAAUUAAUCAUAAUACUCAAUUACAUAAUAAUGGACUAUAAGAAGUUCUCGAUGACAGAUAAAAUCUUACUGCAAUCAUAAAAAUUACAGAAAUUAGCAAUAGAAGAAUGUGUAGAAAAUCGACAUGUGUUUCUGUUCUUGCCAGGAGUAAAGAAUUCUAUGGACAUCAAAUCACAAAAGGAAGUCAGAUAUACAUAUGAACCAAAAGAAGGAAAGAUCUUAAAAGAAAAAUAUAGGAAUGGACGUAAAACUGAAUCAACCGAAGUGACUUAUGAAUAAAUCAAUAAAAUGUUAGGAUCUUUCAAUCAGGGUACAGGUGCCUUCUUAUAAAGCAAACCGAAUUUCGCUGAAAGUAGAUUUAUAGCUCCUCUCUUACCUUAAGAGGAGGUAUCAAAAAGAGAGAAGGUCUAAGUGAAAGGAGGAUAAUUACAAUAUGUGCAAUAGCCCAGAAAAAAUAGACCUGCUUUUAAAAAUUAUACUGCAGAAGAAGUCUCGAAACAUAAUAAACCAGGAGAUGUAUGGACUGUGUUGAAUGGCAAGGUUUACGACGUCUCUCUCUACUUAGACUAUCAUCCAGGGGGAGUCGAAAAGCUGAUGCUUGGAGCUGGAAAAGACUGUACUAAAUUAUUUAAUUAAUUCCAUUCUU